AGAACAAUAGCUUCCGAAUAGAGGACGGUCCACUAUUUGUUAUUCCGCACUCUGGUGGACCACAAAGUGAAAAAAGGUCAAGAUGGCAGCGCCGACCAAGGAGCUCAAGGAGUGGCUGGAUGAGUGGCCAGCGGUGCGCGAGCUCGUGGAUGAGCUGGUGCUGAGUCUUAAGCGCAGACAACUGCGCGGCUCGUAUGAGACGGCCAAGAUGACCACCAGCGUGCUGAGCAAAGUGGUGCGUAUACACGCCGAUGAUGGAGUAUAUUGUAUACAAUCUGACGGGAGCUACAUUGCAGUUGGAGACGGUGGAAUGGUCGACGGCCGGGGAGAUUCUGGAGAAGAUCCGUCAGCUAGGUCACAUGCUCACGAAGGCGCACGCGCACGAGUUGGCCAUCGGUAACGUCGUGCGUCGUGUACUGUACAUCAUCCGUGAGGAGCACUCGAACGCGCUUAAGCUGUCAUCCGCUGCGGCGCCGGUGUCGGGCCGCAACAACAACUUAUCCCGCUCGCUUGGCACGAUCCUGACACCCGGUACCGACACGGACCUCUCAAUCCCCAUUACAGACCUCAAGCUGUCUGUGAUGGAAGGUAUUGCCGAGCUUGUCGACGAGAUUGACAGCCUGCACGUCAAUAUUGCUGACCAGGCUAUGGAAUACAUUCACACGGACGAGGUGAUCCUGACGUUCGGACAGUCGCUGUCGGUGGAGGCCUUCCUGAAGACAGCAGCUAAGAAGCGCUCGUUCCAGGUGAUCGUGGUGGAGUCUGCGCCUUCGCUGAAUGGCCAGCACAUGGCACAUGCUCUGGCGGAGAGUGGCAUCCACGUAACAGUAAUUCCGGACAGCGCUGUAUUCGCCUUGAUGGCGCGUGUAAACAAGGUGGUGGUCCCGGCAGCGGCUGUGGUCGCUAAUGGCGGUCUUAUUGCGCAGAGCGGACUGCAAAACAUUGCAUUGGCUGCCAAGAAGUGCUCAGUGCCUGUCGUCUGUGUUGCUGGUCUCAUUAAGUUGUCUCCACUGUACGCACACGACUUGGACGUUCUGAGCGAGCUUCUGGCUCCGUCAAGCAUCUACAACUACGAGGACACCGUGGACAACUUGGAGGUAUUGAACCCGGCGUAUGACUACGUGCCGCCUGAGUGUGUGAGGAUUUUCAUCACGAACACGGGCGCUCACCAGCCGUCGUACAUCUACCGCUUGCUCGCCGAGUACUACUCGCCGCAGGACUACCAGCUCAGCUAGAUUUGUUUGAUGUGAUGCCAAUACGCUAAGCCCGCUUUGCUCUUUUUAGUCCAAAAUCCAGCGCGCCUUGUUGGGCUUUGUGCUGUACAGGAACGGAUGCGAAUGGUACAUGCGCUGAAUGACGGCCAACUGCUGCGAGACCAGCAGACCUUCUCCAAUGAGGUCAUCCAGAUCCUCUUCGAACCGCUCCUGUUCCUCUUCUUGGAACAGAGCGCGAUAGGAUUCAAAAAGGUCGCGCAGCUGGUGCAGCAGCAAGAUGAGAAAUCCAAGAUCGCGGACGCCCAGCACUGCCUCGUCACUCACACCAGAGCCACGGUUCUGCUUGUUAAGAAGACGCUCGAUGUCGCGUAAGUUGUUUCGCAGGAACCCAGCGAUCUCGUGGGAGUCGUAGAACAAUCUGUCACUCAUGCGCUUGUAGAUCAUGUGGAAGGCCGACGUGACCAACUUGUACAAGCCGCCGAAGACGAGGAAGGUAGGGACUGUAGCCAUCAUCUGCAUGUUCAGCUGGUUCGCAUGCAUCAACUCGUCGAUGGCUCCCAUGGCCACCAUCAGCUCCUUCUUGAUGAACUGCACUUGAAUCAGCAGCAUACGAACGAUGUCUCCCGUCAUGAGGUUCUUGACAGCCGCAGCGAGCUGCUUCUCAUACUGCAACGACACCACCGACAUGUCCAUCUCGUCCAUGAUACGGUUCAUCUCCGCCGAUGACACCUUGGGGUUCGUGUCUUUCACAAAGUCCGACAACAUGCGGCGCAGACUAUCCUUCGUGUCUAGUAGAGCCUUAGCGUCCUGGAUCUCAGGCUUCUGGUUCAACACCACUUCUUCGAAGAUAGCUUGGAGAGGCUCAAGCAUGUGUUCGUUCAGGAACUCUUGCAGUGCCGCGUGCAUAGCGGCAAUGCCAGCCCGGAACUCUUCCUGGUUAUUAACGACCCAGAAGCCUCCAGCAGUAAGACAGAUCGCCACCGUUGUGACCUGCAGCCAACGCUGACGAAUCUUUGAAGGAGGACGGCAAGGAGCCAUAGCCGCUUGGAAACAUCGCGAAAACUGCGUCUGUGCGGUACGGAACACAAUUAAAUUGUUCUCCACACGACGCAUCGAGUUUACCACGUCGUCACUCGAAGCAAUGCCAUCGCAACCUUUCUCGAAGAUGUUAUCAUCUGUUAUAACAACGUUUUUCUUGUUAGUACUCAACGAAUCCAUAACAUUUAACUUUUCAAACUUACCGA